AUGGCAUAUAAUACAUCAUCUGAUUCUGAAAAUGAAAUCAUCACAACACGGCCAAAGCUCUUUGGAAAUGAGAAACCGAUACAUGAAGUUCUUGGAGGAGGAAAAGUGGCAGAUAUUUUACUGUGGAGGGACAAAAAUAUAUCAGCUGCGCUUUUGGUUGGGAUGACGAUCAUAUGGUUUCUAUUUGAGGUUGCUGAGUACAAUUUCGUGACUCUCCUUUGUCACAUUUCCAUCACUACCAUGCUUGUGCUAUUCAUAUGGUCCACGAUUGCAGAUAUAUUAAAAUGGAAAGGUCCCCAAAUCCCGGACAUUAUUUUACAAGAAUCUUUCUUCCAUGAUGUUGCUUCCAUCCUCCACAGAAGAUUUAACCAGUUAUUACCAAUGCUCCUCCAUAUUUCAUGUGGAAUAGACCUUCAACUCUUUCUUCUGAUCAUUGUUUCCCUCUACAUAUUGUCAGUGAUUGGAACCUAUUUCAGCCUUUUCAAUAUGCUAUAUAUUGGUUUACUUUGCAUGCAAACGCUGCCAAUUGUUUAUGAACGGUAUGAGGAAGAUAUAGACAAUUUGUUUGGAGAGACUAUGUUAGUUCUCAGGAGAAAAUAUAGAAGGUUUAACAAGAACUACCUCAACAAAAUUCCCAGAGGACCAGUGAAGGAAAAGAAAACCCAAUAA